AUGCUCGUAGCCAUCGUCAUCUUCAAGACCGGCGCUGACCGCACUCAGAUGAUCGUUGUUAGCAAAGAGCAAGAGCUUGCCUCAACUGAUGUAGCACUGGCUUUCCUCAACAAUGUCAUCGGCCCCAAACACGCGUCUGCAAUCCUCGCUAUCUUCACGACCAUCAACAGCUUCGGCAACGUCAUCGGCAUGACAUUCACCCUUGCUCGCGCAAAGCAAGAAAUAGCAAAAGAAGGCGUCCUACCAUUCGCCAAGUUCUUCGGCGAGAACCGCAUUCUCUUUCGCAAAUACCGCGAAAAACACCAUUCCAGCCAGUCUGAGCCCACUCCGCUAGGCGCGUUAUUUCUCCACUGGGUAUGCGCCGUGUUUCUCAUACUGGUAACCUGGCCCAUGAAGCCCUCGUCUGCGUACAGGAUUCUCGCAAACCUAUACGUGUACCUCAUCGACAUCAUUCCUACCUUCAUCAUGGCAGUCGGCAUGUUGUAUCUCCGCACCUUUACCAAGUGGUCUCUCAAAUCGCCUCUCCCAACUUGGCUGAGUGUCACCGCUGCUCUGGUCUACGCUAUCGCUGGCGGCUUCCCCCUAGUCGCAGUCUGGAUACCACCAUUUCAAUACUCAGACCUCGAUGUUCACGACAUCAUUCCCGGGCUUCCUUGGUACGCGACGGGUUUGUUGUCGUGGAUAAUGCUGACAUGCUGUAUUGUGUAUUGGGUCUCGUUUCGCUUCUUCCUUCCGCGCAUUGGGCCUAGGAAAGGCAAAGAAUUUGUGGUUGAGAGGGAGCCGGUGUUUCGUAUGCAGAAUGCGGAGAGAGUGCAGUGGCAUGAGAUUGUGCUGCAUAGCUGGGUCAUCAAGGCUCAGCCUGAGAAGAGGAGGGGGUAUAUGUUGGAUGAUCUUUGA